CCCGCCGCCCACUCUCUGUAGCUGCUCACUGUGGAAUGCUUUAGCCACGGGGGGUCUAGCAGUAAUGACAGGCUUGUGGUGGAUUAAUGUGGAGUUAUUUAUUUCCGAUUGAGCGAGUCCCCCUCCCAUUCAUACCCCAGACACCCCACUCCCCCACCUUAGUUGUUCGGCCUGGUUUCUAUGACUCCUGGAGGUGCUGCGGACGAGCAGUCUUAGACAUUCUAUUAGCGCCAUUCCUCCUCGCUAACACGCUCAGACUACCGCCGACAGGCCUCACACUGCAUUCUGGGAUAUCUUCAACCCUUUACCUGCUCGUAGCUAAUUACUUUUUCGCCAUGCACUCAUACAAUAAUUGGUCUUGUGCUGCUGCCUCCCCUGCCUCCGCUGUGUCGAGUGCUGGUUUGAGCACUUUUUUUCCCUCUGUGUCGUCCUUAUUCCCCUGUUUUUUAUCGUCCUCCAAAAGCCAUCCAAUUAAUAUGCUAAUGAGCUGAUAAAUAUUUAUAGGGGUUUAAAUUAUGCAGAAAGCUUUCAGAGCCCGGUGUGAAAUGCGUCGCUCGCAGGACUUCAAAGCCUUGCAUCGCUAACGAGGCAGGGGCAGAUUUGCAUACGGCUUUAAUCAGCUGAAUACUGAUUAUGCUUCAUUAUAGUGUUGGAGGGGGGAGCAGAGUUGGAGGAGGCUGCCAGCUGCACUUGUCGUUUGUUUCAUUCCAGCAAGAGAGGGAGAGAGAGAACUUUUUCAGAAGUAGCGACAAUCUUGGCACACUGGAGAGAGAGAGCAAGAGGGGGGAGAAAAGAGAGAGCGAGUGCAAAGUAGGCACAGUAAAAGAGAGGGACAGAGGUAUAAGAAAAGAGAGGAGCGAGAGUGAGGGAAGGAGAGCUGUUUGCCUAAACCCUGUUGGCUUUCCCAGUGUGCGUAUCCCAGUGUUGUUCAGUGAACCGUGUGGUGGACAGUGCCACUGUGUCUGUGUAUAGCUCUAGUUGUAUUGGACUCUGCUCACUGACCAGUGGAGAGUGAACAGAGGGAGGAGUGGGAGGAGGGACGGAGUGCCGGACACCCUGUCUGAGGGUUUGCCUGGCAGAGGCAAUUUUCCUUGAUAGCUUUUGCAACCAUGCUGGAGAACACAGGUGGAGCAGGAGUGGAUUCUAAAAUGAGUAAUCAGUCAGAAACUACUAAAUGUGCAAUGGAGAGUGGUGACACAAACAACGGAGUCCAAACCAAUGGAUUGGACUUUCAGAGGCAGACGGUGCCAACCACAAGUGCAAUCACUAACGCACAUGCACAAGCCCUCCUCCAACAGUUGACCCUGACCCCAGCGCAGCAGCAGCUGUUGAUCCAGCAGGCCCAGGCUCAGCUCCUGGCUGCGGCCGUACAGCACUCGGCCAGCCAGCAGAACAGCACCACUGGGGCCAACAUCUCAGCCUCUGCAGCCACCCCCAUUACCCAGCUGCCCCUGUCACAGCCCAUCCAGAUCACCCCUCAGUUGCAGCAGCUACAGCAGCAGAAUCUGAGUCUGCCCCAGUUUGUUCUGGUGCAGCCCGGCCACCCCAUCGCCACGCCACUGCAGCCCGCUCAGUUCAUCAUCUCACAGACGCCGCAGGGCCAACAGAGUAUGCUCUUACAGGGCCUUUUGCAAGCCCCGAGUCUUCUAACUCAACUACCUCAAAGCCAAGCCAACCUCCUGCCGUCUCAACCAAACAUCACCCUUGCAACUCAGCCUGCAACUCCAACCCGCACAAUAGCAGCCACACCCAUCCAAUCCCUGUCCCACAGUCAGACCCCACCCAAACGGUUGGAUACGCCUACUUUGGAGGAGCCCAGUGACCUGGAGGAGCUGGAGCAGUUUGCCAAGACCUUCAAACAGAGACGUAUCAAACUGGGCUUUACACAGGGGGACGUUGGCCUGGCCAUGGGGAAGCUGUAUGGGAACGACUUCAGCCAGACUACGAUCUCUCGCUUUGAGGCCUUGAAUCUGAGCUUUAAGAACAUGUGCAAACUCAAGCCAUUGCUGGAGAAGUGGCUCAACGAUGCAGUUUGUGCAGAGAACCUGACGUCUGACCAGGCCCUGUCCAGCCCCAGUGCCCUAGGCUCACCCGGCAUGGGCAUAGAGGGGCUCAACCGCCGACGUAAGAAGAGAACCAGUAUUGAGACCAACAUCCGAGUGGCCUUAGAAAAGAGCUUUCUGGAGCAGAACCAAAAACCUACCUCUGAAGAGAUUACCAUGAUCGCCGACCAGCUCAACAUGGAGAAGGAGGUGAUUCGGGUCUGGUUCUGCAAUCGACGGCAGAAAGAAAAGAGGAUUAACCCGCCUAGCAGUGGCAACACUGGAGGAGGCAGCACCCCCAUCAAAACCAUCUUCACUCCCAGUAGCCCUCUGGUGGCCAGCACGGCAAGCCUUGUGAGCAGUCCAACCAUCAACACACCCACCACUCUGACUGUAAACCCAGUGAUGCCGCUCACCAGCACCAGUGUCUCCAACUUGUCCUUCACAGGCACAACUGUUGGAGCAACAAACACGGCAUCCGUCAUCUCCACCGCACCGAUGGCUACUGCAGCAAGCUCUCCGUCUUUAAGCCCGCCGCCGACAACCAUACAGUCCACGGCUGCUGAGUCAAGCAAAGCCGGCACCCAGGCGCAAACCAUUGUCACCCAGGCCGCAACAUCUCUAGCCACCACUCUAGGGACGGGUCAGGUGAUGGUAGCGGCGCCGGGGCUGUCUGCGGCGCUGCAAGGUGCUGCCCAGCUACCCACCAGCGCCAGCUUUGCUGCGAUGGCUGCUGCUGCUGGGCUCAACCCAGGACUGAUGGCCUCUUCACAGUUCACUCCAGGGGGGGCCCUACUGAGUUUGACUCCUGGUGGCCUAGGCAGCGCGCUGAGUCCUGCCCUCAUGAGCAACAGCACCCUGGCCACUAUACAAGCUUUGGCGUCGAGCGGCACACUCCCCAUCACUUCCUUGGACGGUGGUAACCUGCUGUUUGCGAACACCUCGGCUGGUAACACGCCAAACCUGGUGACCGCACCCCUCUUCCUGAACCCCCAGAACUUGUCGCUGCUCACCAGCAACCCCGUCAGUCUGGUGUCGGCCAGCGCGGCGGGGGCGGGGGCGCUGCAGGUCACCGCUGACGCCCACCAUCAAGCCACCACGGCUGCCGUGCCUGUGCCAGCCUCGACCAUUACCACUGCCUCCAAGGCUCAGUGAAGCGGAUCAGGCUGCUUUCCAAACGACGCCCUGUUUCUUAUGUCGUGCACUACUGUUACACACCAUAUAGGGAAUAGGAGGGUUGUUUGAUAAUAGGCUCUGUGCUUCACUCACCACCCCUGCACCCUACCUUUUUCCCCUUUUUUCUAUCAUUAUUUAAUCGUUUUUGCUGCCACCAAAAAGAAAUCCUGCUCUAAUGAGAGUGGGGUUGACUUUCUUUCCUACAUUUUCCUCUCUACUUAUUUUUUUUUUUUUUGGGGGUUCUUGGAUGUUCGCUCCAGUGUCACAAACAGUAGCCUGACGGACUCUGUUGUUGGCCUGCUACUCCUCAUGAACCUUGACAAGUGUCCAGGAAGAAAUAACCAUGGUACCAUCAAACUGUUUUUUUUUUUUUUCCCGCCUCACAUUUUGUGUAUAUAUCCUCCAAUUUCCAGGUCAGAAUUUCCUCUGAAAAACUUCUAACCAAAAAAAAGUUUAGGAUUUUACUUUUAUAACAUUUAAACCAAACUGAUUUACUACUAAUUUCACAAUAUUCAUCAUCACUAAUGGGGAUUUUUGUGUCACCCCUAUCUAUAAUUAUCUCUUUUGGGUUCUGUUGGACAGGCCUUGACAUAAAUCAUAUCAAAGUUAUAUUUUAGAGACUUUUUUUUUUUCUUUUUUCUUUUCUUUACUGUCUGUAUAUUAUUUUUUUUUGACAUUUUCAGAACUUUGUAAGUCUAAUAUUAAGUUAAGAUUUAACUCCUAUAUCGAUUUUUAAUCGUGGUUAUAAGGCUUUAAAAACAAGUAAUAAGUGGCCGAUAUAAAGGUUAUCAUUGCUUUAAGGGCCAGAGGGACCAGAUGUGUCUCUCUGGGUCUCUGUCUGGAAACACUGAGUUAUACAUUUUGCAGCAGUGGCAAAGUGGCCACCGAGCUUUUGUAAAAUGGAAGUCUAGGCGUGGACCAUAGACACUGAUAGGAAAUGACUGAAAUCAUUACGUUGAGAGCUUUAAAAGGAGCUGCAGACGUGCACUCCAAUGUUCAAUUGAAGGUAGGAUUUUUUUCUUUUGUUUUUUUUUUUUUUUGGAUGAUGAUAUUAAUUGGAGAGAUGUACAGCAUGUUCGGAUUCAGGGGUCCGGAGUCUGCAUGUGUCUGAAUAGGUUUUCUCUACAGCUCAGGCAGAUGCUGAGAGUUCAGUAACCGUACGAUCUGCGUGGCUCUGCGGCUCACUGGUCUCUCUUUUGGGGGGCUCACAGUUGUCAUACCAGCUGUAUGAUAACAUUGGCUAGAUGGGGGUUAUUGUCUUUUUUUUUUUUUUUUUAAGUACCGUCGUAUCUACUUGUGCACAGUAUCUGUACCAAAAAAAAAACAAAAACAAAAAACUGGAUUGAUGAGCUGCAGUCUGCCUGUUUUGGGAGGAAUGAAAUUCUGUCUUGUUUUUAUUUUAUUAUAUUAUUUUUUUUCUAUCUGUCUGCAGUCAUUUGACUGGCUUACUU